AUGAGGUUGGGAACGGAAUUUCGAAAACAGGAGCAUGGAGGAGGCAGAACAUACGGUAUCGUCUACAAAGCCCAGAAUCGAGAGACCAAUGAUGUGGUUGCGUUGAAACGUAUCCGUCUGGACAAUGAAGAAGAAGGAGUACCAUGCACAGCCAUUCGCGAGAUUUCGUUGCUAAAAGAAUUGAAACAUACCAAUAUUGUCAGGCUAUACGAUGUACUGCACACGGAGAAAAAACUGACACUUGUUUUCGAAUAUCUGGAUUCGGAUUUGAAAAAGUUCUUGGACACCUACAGUGGAGACAUUGAUGUGCUAACGAUAAAGCAACUGAUGUACCAGCUGUUGAAGGGCAUUGCAUAUUGUCAUGAACAUCGAGUUUUGCAUCGAGACUUGAAACCACAAAACCUACUUAUCAACAAAAAGGGCGAUUUAAAGCUGGGUGACUUUGGAUUGGCACGAGCCUUUGGCAUUCCAGUGAGGAGCUACUCGCAUGAGGUCGUAACAUUGUGGUACAGAGCACCGGAUGUUUUGAUGGGGUCGAAGCAGUACUCUACAUCCAUCGAUAUUUGGUCCGCAGGAUGCAUCUUCGCAGAAAUGGCAUCAGGGCGGCCGCUUUUCCCAGGAAGCUCCGUUAAGGAUCAGUUACUCAAGAUCUUCAAGAUUCUAGGAACCCCCACAGAAGAGACUUGGCCUGAUGUAUCAAGACUACCGGACUAUCGACCGGAUUUCCCAAUGUACAAUCCGAUUCCUCUAGAGAACCUUGUCCCAAAACUAGAUGCCUCUGGCAUUGAUUUGCUCAGCCGCCUUAUCACCUACAACCCAGACAAGAGGAUAUCGGCCGAUGCGGCACUCGCUCAUCCUUACUUUGAUGAACUUCGGAGACGGGAAGCUGCAGGCAGCGCUUAAUAACUUAUAGCCUGAAGGAGAUGCGCUUUCGCACCUUCUUUAAAAGCGCCAUUAAAAAGAACUGCUUCGCAUAGUGCACAAAAAUUGUCGGUAAUAAAAAAGAAAAGUAGCCUGC